AAAGCUCAGAGUGAAGAGACCGUUCAAACGGUUCCAGUGUCCGUGGAGAAAGUGUUUUUAAGGAAUAUAAGAGUGAAGAUAUAAACAGGCAGAAACGAACUCUAGUAAUAGAGAAAAAAAUGUGGGUCAUCGUCUUAAUUGGUCUCUUGACUCAAGGCCUGGCGACACAAGUCUCCUACGGCUCGAAGAGCCCCUCAGGGUCAUCAAACGAACCAAAAACCCAAUGGUCCUGGCAGGAGCCCACGGCGGAAGCCAGCAAUGAUGACGCUUCCUUCCAUCCUUUGAGCUUUUCCAGUGGAAACGCUAAUAUUCAAUCAGGAUCCAGUGGAGUUGCGCACGCAGUGUCGGACCAACAAUCGGUUGACCGGACAGUCGAUGAUAUUCUGGUUUCCUACCGACAGGGACGUAAUCUCCCAGGAUACGAUGACUUGUACUCAGACUCCGAGAUCAAGAACAUCCUCCAGGUUGGCAACGACACCGUAGCACGCUCCUACAUCCAGGACAAGCUCUGUUCGCUGGGUCUGAUGAACUGUGAAAACCUGGAAGGCAGGCGUCCUUACUACUCUCCCCACCGUGACAUUCACCCCCAGGAGAUCAUCUAUGCCCAACCAGUUACAAUAAAACCAGUGGGACGUCCUUUGCCGGCGAUUCCAAUUCGUAAACCCGUCGGCUACGGCCCUCCAAAACCAGUGCCAGUGCCUCCAGGUUUCGGUUCAGGACCCCCGGGACCCUUUCACCCCGGUCACAGUUUCUCUGGUCCACCACCGUCUUUCUCAGGCCCAGUCUCCACCUACCCCGGGUCUUAUCCAGCCUACAAGAAGCCCCCGCACUUCCUGAACAACAAACCCAUCUACGAGGACCCUGGACUCGACGGUGAAUAUGAUUUUAUUCCCGAGAAUAAGCACGACUUCCUCGAGAAGAAGCAACUUAUCCAUCCAAGCACAGGAGUGCAACAGCAUGUACAUCAUCACUACCAUCACGGUGACGACAAGACAUCAUCGGUGAUAACUGGUACCCCAGGAUUGGCUGGACCAAUUCUCGGCCCAGGACCACUCAGCGGAAAUUACGGUUACGGUAAUGGUGGAACUUAUGGGCAACAUUAUAAUGACUUUGAUGAGUACAAGAAGACAUUCAAAAUUAAAGAAACACCUGGAGGUAACAGCCUCGACCCCGUCGACGGCACCUCCAGUUACGCGAAUAAAUAUCCCGCUUAUGAGAAGCCCAAGAGGGAUUCGUUCUUCAACGGCAAAGGAUUCGGAAGCAGCGAAGGAACGGGAAAAGUUCUCACUGGAGGAUUCGGAACUAAUGGCUUUGGAAAUGGUUUUGGCUCUGGAAACACUGGAUUCGGUUCCAAUGGUUUUAACAGUGACAAUGGGUUCUCCUCUUCCAACUAUGACGAUUGUGUCUGUGUACCAUACGAUCAGUGUGCCACCAUCGAUCACGCUGGUCGCAAAGACGAUCUCUUCCUGCCGAUCGAUCCCAGGAAUACCGGAAAGAAUAUUGAGGCUGAAGGAGAGGACGUCGUUGUGACAGAUGCCAACGGUGCGAUGACUGUUGUGCGUGUUGCCAAAGGAGUCAAUGCUACUGAACAAGCUGAACAAAGAGCAGAAUCUGCUGAUAAGAAGAAGAAUGAGAGUAACAGGCAGAAAAGAGAAGCAAAAGCUGAAGCCAAGAGCGAUGGAGCAACUGACAAAGCAGCUGUAGGACAAUCCCGAUUGCUGGGUAACAUUGACUCGUCGAAGCUCAAUGUCAAACCAACGUGGGGAGUGAGUUUUGGUUUGCCUCAGGGUGGUGGUGGAUACCCAGUGAAUCCAUAUGGUGGAAAUCCUCUUCAGAACCCAUACGGUGGAUACAAUGGCGGUGGAAAUGGUGUUAAUCUGGGUCUGGUGUCGGUGAAUCCACUGGUUGCACUUCAAGUUGGAAAAGAUGAUUAUGGAGAAAAAGUGAUAAAGCCAUUUGUUAAUCUCCACGUGACGCCGAAUCAAGGAAUUGUCAACAAGUUUACGGAUCUCUUGGCUUACAAGAAACAGCAGUUACUGAGUGGAUACGGACAAUAUCCAGGGUACCCUGAUCAUGGACAUUAUGCUCCACAUUAUCAUGGGCCGCAUUAUGAGCGGCCUCAGCAGCACUUUCACCAACAUCACCAUCAACAUCAGCAGCAACGUCCUAGUUGGCUUGGGAAUCAUGGUAACUAUGGAGGAAAUUAUGGGGUAAACUAUCACGGUAAUUAUCCGGGACAUUAUGAACAUUAUCCUGGAAAUUACGCUGGUAAUCAUGGACACUACAACGGCUACAAUCGCAAUGAUGAGGACUACGAUUAUUCAGAUCUGUCGGACUACAAUGACUACGGAAGAAGCAGAACAGGGAACGUCACUGGAGCAAGGAAACAAACUCAGAGCGAUCAGAACAGAGGUAGCAAAGUGGCAUUCAGGGAUAGAAAGAGACGUGACGUUGGCGAGGUGAACGUUCAGGAGAGACAAUUCGGACGACCGCCCGUGUGUGGACCACGUCACGUUUGCUGCAGGAGAAAUCAGAUUCAUCCCGGAAGCUCACAUCGUCCUAAAGCUGGCCAGUGUGGAGUCAGAAAUGGACAAGGUAUCAAUGGAAGAAUCAAGACUCCAGUUUACGUUGAUGGAGACUCGGAAUUCGGUGAAUACCCCUGGCAAGUGGCCAUCCUCAAGAAAGAUCCCUCGGAAAGUGUUUACGUAUGUGGUGGUACAUUGAUCUCCCCGAGGCACAUCCUCACAGCUGCUCACUGUGUCAAAACUCACUCGAGUCACGAUCUUCGCGCCCGUUUGGGCGAAUGGGAUGUCAAUCACGAUGUGGAAUUCUAUCCAUACAUCGAACGGGACAUUGUCAACGUGUUCGUUCACCCCGAGUUCUAUGCUGGAACUUUGUACAAUGAUAUCGCAAUCCUGAAGCUUGAUCAUGAUGUUGACUUCGAAAGAAAUCCACAUAUCAGUCCCGCCUGUUUGCCUGAUAAAUUCGAUGAAUUCUCGGGAACUAGAUGUUGGACGACAGGCUGGGGUAAGGAUGCCUUCGGGGAUUUCGGAAAAUACCAAAACAUUCUCAAGGAAGUCGAUGUGCCUGUUAUCAGCAAUCAAGUGUGUGAGAACCAGAUGAGGAGAACAAGACUCGGACCCACUUUCAAUCUCCACCCAGGAUUCGUCUGCGCCGGUGGCGAGGAUGGUAAAGAUGCUUGCAAGGGUGAUGGAGGUGGUCCCAUGGUCUGCGAACGCCACGGGGUGUGGCAGCUCGCUGGGGUCGUCUCCUGGGGCAUUGGCUGUGGACAGCCAGGUGUACCUGGUGUCUACGCACGAGUCUCGCAUUACCUCGACUGGAUCAGACAAGUCACUGGACAGUACUGAUAAUAACGAGAUGAUAAUUGAUUUUUGUAUUUUAUUUAUUUAUCAAUAUUUUACACGUUUUACGGAGAUACAUGAACACUGCUAUUUAAAAUAGAUAACUUAUUGUAUAUAAUUAAACAUCUUUUCUGUUCGACGCGAUUUGAUGUUCUGCCUGAGAACGACUGUUCUUUAUUAUCAAUAUGUAGCGAGUUUUCUAUUGUAUAAUUCGGAUUUAUUCCGGAGUGACGAGUAAUGCAUUUUCUUUGCAAUUUGUCUCAGAGAAUUAUUGAAUAAACCAUUUAUCAAAUCAAAAGAUAAAAAA